AUGGUGAGGAAAAUCCUGAAAGCAAAGAAUAUCCUAGAGCUAGAAAGCAUACAUGUUUGCACAGGAAAGAGUGUCACUAAUCAAAUCUAUCUACAUUUGCUGGGAGAACAACCCAGGAUUCCAUGGAAGUGUAUGAUGUUUGGAAAUGCUGGAAGACCAAAAGCUCGAUUUACUCUUUGGCUACAAAUGCAGAAUAUACUAUUAACAUCAGAUAGGCUGAAUAGAUGGGGUAUGGAGGUAGAGAGCAAGUGCAACCUAUGCCACCAAGCAGAGGAAUCUGGAGAUCAUCUCUAUGUGAAAUGUGACUACAUGAAGGCAGUGAUGAACAAGCUAAUGCAAUGGUCACAUAGCCAAAACAUAGACAUAGACACAGGGGAUUGGGAACAACAUGUGCAGGAAGUGAUCAGGAGAGCUAAGGGGAAAUUACGAGAAGCUCAACUCUUCAAGAUGUUAUACACAGAGACAGUAUAUUGCCUAUGGAUUGAGAGAAACAAAUGA